AACUGUCAGUUAUUUGGCAGUUGUCAGAAAAAUAAAAAGUACAGAAGUUUAAGUUUACUUUAUUCCACUUACUUAGUUAUAUUACUGAAUCUGAAGACGGAGACUAUAUUGCGUUUUUCUAAGUUAACAAAGUUAUUGCCCUUAUUUAGGAUUGUAAAGUGUCUUAAACAUGACUACUGCUGCCAGACCAACGUUUGAUCCAGCGCGAGGUGGACAAGGACGCGGAGAAAAGGAUCUUAGUGCUAUAUCUCGUCAAUACUCUAGUCGAGAUCUUCCAGGGCAUACUAAACUAAAAUACAGGGAACAAGGUCAAGGUACUACUGAAGAGCUAAGGACAAGAGAUUUCCGUAAAGAAUUAGAUGAGAGGGAAAAAGAAAGCAAAGGAUCUACAUCGAGAAGGCAAAAUGAGCCACCUGCAAAGAGGUUAAAAAUAGAUCAAGUACCAGCUGCUAGUUUAGAUGCCGAUGACCCAUUGGAAGGAGAUUCUACAGAUUCGGAUGACUCGGAUGAUGACACAGCAGCAUUAUUGGCCGAAUUGAAUAAAAUUAAAAAGGAAAGAGCAAUUGAACAAGCAAAAAAGGAUGCUGAAAAGAAGCAAGAGGAAGAAAGAAUUCGUAUGGAAAACAUAUUGUCGGGCAAUCCAUUACUAAAUUAUUCUGCAGCAGGACAAAAAAAUGAUUUAAAGGUGAAACGAAGAUGGGAUGACGAUGUAGUCUUCAAAAACUGUGCUCGAUCAGAGCCAGAAAAGAAGCUAAACACAUUUAUAAAUGAUUCGUUGAGAUCAGAGUUUCAUAAAAAGUUCAUGGAGAAGUAUGUGAAAUAGGAAAUUUAAAUUUUUUUUAGUAUUUGUCAAUAAUAAGGGUGACACAACAUAGGACUCAAUUUAUUUAACAUUUUUAAGUGUGGUACAACUGUAACAUAAGAUUUGAUAAAAGAAAAUAAAUUC